ACUAAGUUUAAUACUUAUUUUAAAAGGUGUUAAAACUGCCAAGAAAAUUUAAUGAUUUUCCAAGUAAAUUGAUUCCCCAGUAAAUUGAUCAAUUUACCUGUCUAUAAUGAUGCCAUAAUUUAUAUAAAUUAGUUUAAGUAUAAAAGAAUUUAAUGCAGCCUAUAAGAUAAAGAAAUUAAUUUAAUGUAGCAAAAAUACGGAACCUAUAAGAUAAGAAAUUAAUUUAACGUAACAAAAAUAUGGACACAAAUAGAGCAAUUCCGUUCAAUACAAAUUAGGAUAUAUUUAAGUUGAGGACCAGGCAAGCGGCAAGGAGGUUCGCAUCUCAGCCACACACAUCGAAAUCGGACGGUUGACAUUACUUGGGCAAAUCUAUUUAAGUUGCGGGCGCCUUUAACUGAGUCUUCGCUCAGUCUCUCACUCUCUUUUCAAAAACCCUUUCGAGUUUUAACUCCAAAAGCCAAAAUCAAGAAUGCCUCAGCUGCAGAGGAGAAACACGUAUACUCGUUGGACCGAAGAGGAACACAGGUUAUUUCUUCUUGGGAUGGAGAGAUUUGGUAAAGGUAGUUGGACAAAAAUUGCACAACAAGUUGUGUUGACAAAAACUCCCUCCCAAGUUACUAGCCACGCCCAAAAGUUUUUCCACCACCAUAGUAGUGUCAAACAAAGCAAAAGACAGAGGAAAAAACCCAGCAUACAUGACAUAACCUUGGUCUCACAACCAGUUGCCCAACACAACCCAGUAAAUGAGCAAUUAGCAGAGAAACUGCAUGUGGUUCCCUCACAACAAUUGACAGACUUUGAAGGUAGCUUGGCACUUCACCAUAAUGACCAGCUGAGUAGGCCUCCCUUAACAAUGGCACAAGAUCUGCAAAUUCAGCAAUUGCCUCACUUCGUUGACCAUGAUAGCUGGGUUUCAACUCCAAAUCAACAGGUUCCAGAAUUACCUCACAAUCUUCUUGACCAGGAUAAGUGGAUUCCUCCAUUAGGUCUGCAAAUUCACCAAUUUUCUGACUUAAUUGAUGACCAUAUUGAUUUGGCUCCUCUCCCUGAUCUACUAGAGUUACCUCUUCCUUAUCUACCCUUACCUCACCAUCUUGACCAGGAGAAGUGGGUUCCACCACAAGAUUUCCAAACUCAGCAACUGCCUCACUUCGUGGAUCAUGAUAAUUGGGUUUCAACUCCAAAUCAACAGUUUCAAGAAUUACCUCACCAUCUUCUUGACCAGGAGAACUGGACUCCUCCACUAGAUCUGGAAAUUCACCAAUUUGCUGACUUCAAUGAUGAUCAUCUUGAUUUGGAUCCUCUCCAUGAUCUACUAGAAUUACCUCUCCCUGAUCUACUACCAAAAUUGUCUCACGAUGACCAGGAGAAGUGGAUUCCUCCAACAAAUUCACCAACUUCCUGACUAUCACAUUUGGGUUCCAACUCCAAAUCAGCCAUUACCUAACAACCUUGGCAAACAGAUGUUAGAAGAACUACAAGGGUUUUCUAGGGACUUUUAAAUUAAAAGCGUGGAGGAAGCUACGGUAGUAUCAUAAUUUGUGCUAAGUUGUUUCUUCUCAUUUUUGGCAGUAAACAUUACAUUCAGUAUACUUAACCCGUUAGGAAAAUGGAUUAGUUUUGCAAUUUUGUAUUGGGUUUGGAGGUCCCAGGUUCCUUAAAGUACCUGGCUUUGUACUCUUUCAUCUCUGUUUAUAAUAUCACAGAUUCUUAUAUUCUUUUUUUA